CUUGUUGACUGCAUCAACCCGCACGCGAUGGCAUCAUAGCGUCUCUUUCAUUCAAGGUCCCAGCAGAUGUCACUGUUUAGUCUCGAAGACCCGUCAGUGGACCAGAUUCUGGAGGCCAUAGACGACGAGAUGGCAGCGACUCGGAAUCAGCCCAAGGUCCUGUUGUUUGACAUUGGCGGCGUCUGUGUCGUGUCUCCUUUUCAAGCCAUCUUGGACUACGAGCUCAGCCUGGGCGUGCCUCCGGGAUGGGUCAACUUCUCCAUCUCCAAGUCAAAACCCAAUGGCUUCUGGCACCGCUUGGAGAGGGGCGACAUCCCCGUAGACCAAGCCUUUUACGACGGCUUCAACCGUGACCUUCACAAUGCCAAACUCUGGAAGGAAUUCUACCAGAGGGAGAGGUCCAAGAACCCCAAGCUAUCGGCGGACCUGCCUCCGCUUCCCAGCCUUGAUGGCGAGUUUCUGUUUGACGAGAUGAUGACCAAGUCGCACGCCCCGGACCCGUGGAUGUGGCCGGCGCUGCAGAAGCUCAAGGAGAGCGGACGGUACCUGCUCGGCGCGCUGAGCAACACCAUCAUAUUCCCGCCAGGCCAUAAGCUACACUCGGAGGACUACUUCAAGGACCCGCUGCGGCAGAUGUUUGACGUGUUCAUCUCGUCGGCACACGUCGGCGUCCGCAAGCCCGACCCCAAGAUGUACCAGCUUGCCGUCGCGACGCUGGACAAAUUUGCAAGGGAGAAUGCCGUCUCCCCGCGCGGCAGGCAGCUCGGGUGGGCUGACGGCAUCACGGCGGGCGACGUGCUGUUCUUUGACGACAUCGGCGAGAACCUGAGAGAGGCCAAGGCGCAGGGGUUCAACACGGUCAAGGUGCCUCUCGGCAGGGCGUACGAGGCGGUUGAGGAGUUGGAGAAGGUCACGGGCCUAAAGCUGGAGGGAGAUCACCCCAAGAUCCCGAUUAAGCCGAGACUAUCACCGCCGCUGCCGCCGCCCAAGGCCAGGAUAUGAUUGACGUCUUUUUUGUGGCCAUGGAUGCCACCACGAUACUUAACUUAGACCUUGCGCGCAACAUAGACGUACAGGAUGUCACAGACCU